AUGGGCAUAUUCAGGCGAACUUUCCAGGCCCUACAGGUCCCCACGGAUCCUGGGCUGACCACGGCCGAGUUGAUGUUAACGAAUGAUGACUUGAAGCCAGUGGAACGAGACAGACGACAGUGGAAAUGGCUGAACUUUGUGGCCUUCUGGAUUGCCGAUUCAUUCAACGUCAACACAUGGAUGAUCUCGUCGGCCAUGAUCGUGGACGGCCUGUCCUGGUGGCAGUCCUGGCUGUGUGUCUGGUUUGGCUACGGCAUUGCGGCGGUGUUCGUCGUUGCCAUGGGACGAAUUGCAACCAUUUACCAUGUUCCUUUUGCAGUGGCUAACAGAGCAUCCUUUGGGAUCUGGGGAUCCUUCUGGCCUAUCCUCAAUCGAGCGGCGAUGGCUGUAAUCUGGUAUGGUGUUCAGACAUACCUUGGUGGCCAAUGUGUCACCUUGAUGAUCGAAGCCAUCUGGCCCAGCUACAAAAAUAUCCCCAACAAUAUCCCCGAGAGUUCCGGCGUGACGACGAUGGAGUUCACCAGUUUCUUCCUCUUCUGGCUGGGCUCCCUGCCUGCCCUCUGGUUCCCCAUCUACAAGAUCCGACAUCUCUUCACCGUCAAGGCAUAUUUCUCCCCAGCAUGCGGCAUCGCCUUGUUCGCGUGGGCUAUUGUCCGGGCGCACGGGAUGGGCCCUAUCAUCCACCAGCCCAAUACCGCCCAUGGAAGCCAGCUCGCCUGGGCAGUGGUGAAAAGCAUCAUGAACUGCAUUGCCAACUUUGCAGCAUUGAUCAUCAACAAUCCGGAUUUCAGUCGAUAUUCACGCAAUCCAAAGGACGCGGUCUGGUCGCAGCUCAUCACGAUCCCGGUUGGAUUCGCAGUGACUUCGUUCAUUGGCAUUGUCGUUACCUCGUCGUCGACUGUGAUCUUUGGCAAGUCCGUCUGGAACCCGCUCAUCCUGAUGGAGAUGUUCCUUGAGGACGCGAGUUCGGCCGAACGAUUCGGUAUCUUCGUUAUUGCUGCUGGGUUUGCGCUGGCGCAGCUGGGAACGAACAUUGCUGCCAAUUCGGUCUCUGCUGGUACUAACCUGUCUGCCUUACUCCCUCGAUUCUGCACGAUUCGCCGUGGAGGAUACGUCUGUGCAGCUAUCGGUCUUGCCAUGUGUCCGUGGACCCUGGUCGCCUCGUCCAACAAAUUCACCGUCUACCUCUCGUCGUACUCCGUCUUCCUCUCCUCCAUCGCGGGCGUCAUGGUCAGCGACUACUACCUCGUCCGCAAGGGCUACUACGACCUCCCCUUGCUGUACAGCGUGCAGAAAGACGGUCCGUACUACGGACACAUGGGGGUCUCCUGGCGCGGCUACACAGCCUACAUCUGCGGUAUCAUGAUCAACGUAGUCGGGUUCGCGGGGGCCGUGGGCGCAAACGUGCCCAUCGGCGCCGAAUACAUCUACAACAUCAACUACUUCUCCGGGUUCAUAGUGUCGGGGGCCAUAUACUGGGCGUUGGCGCGGGCGUUUCCCGUUCCCGCCAUGAGCGAUGAAUGGAAUGAGAUUCCGUAUGAGGGCGGGUCGAUGCAUGUUGCCGAGGGAAAGGAGAUUGCCGAGGCUGACCACGUUGAGGAAGCUGAACUUCAGGUCUAG